AUGGAAAUUAAAGUGAUUAAUGCAGUCAAAAUCUCCCUUGCGCCUACCAACAUUCCUUUUUGCCUUGUCAACGAAGCUGCCUUGAACUACUACAAUGUUCCCCGAGUUAUCCUGGCCUUCAUUGAAGGUCGAUCCUUCAAUGUGAUAGUACUCCCAGACACGCUUUACCACCUUGACCCGCUUCCCAAUAAUAUUGUCCAAAUUCAGACGUAUCCUCCAGACCAGAUCAGGUUCAGCCGGCAGCUCGAUUAUUCAAAAGAUUUGAAUGCUCUUUCCUCUAUCCCUAUACCCCGCCUGGCGACCCUCCUCCAAGGAGCAUCUCAAAGAUACCUUGAAUCAAAAGUGAACGCUAUGGCAGUAUGUGUGGAGGAGUUAGUGGACGGCAUGAACUUGGAUGAAGCAUGGUGUCUUGAUCACCUUGAUACCAGGAAACACAGAGUGAUGGAAUUCAUCCUAGAUCGUAUAGCAAGCCAAGUAUUUCGUAUAUCCGAAUUCCAACCAGACAAUAUCACCAUCUUCGUCGAAACAGAAGAGGAAGCACAAACGUUGCGCAUGAUUCCGGGGUAUAAUGAACUAAGCUGGAGCCGAGAACAGCAGACUCAACCAAAGGAGAUGCAGAUGCAGAACUCUGACCUACCCCUGACGCCAGGUUGGCUCCAAUCAGCGCUUCUUUUCCUCAACGCGGUGAUGGUGAAUCUCAAAUCAGCAAUAUUCCACCAGCCCUCCUUCCAUCCGGUUGAUUUUCAAUACAUAUCUGACCUUCACUUGGAGGAUGGCCAGCUUUACGAAACUUUUGUUGUCCCAAGAACGGCACCUUACUUGAUCCUAGCUGGAGAUAUUGGGUGUCUACGCAACUACAAAGAAUAUGUUACCUUCCUUGCUGCGCAAUGCGCCCAGUUUGGCCAUGUUUUCAUCACGAGUUCUACUAGAUCUCCACCCACCAAGAUGGACUCCAGGCAGCAAAAGCACUUGAAGUUGAGCCACCUUUGUUCUGCAAACUCACUGUUCUGA